GAAAGUGGGAGAUUGAAGAGAGAUGAGUACUGGAGAAGGAAAGGUGGUGUGCGUGACUGGAGCUGCUGGGUUUGUAGCUUCAUGGCUGGUGAAGCUCCUGCUCCAACGUGGUUACACUGUUAGAGCAACUGUUCGUGACCCAAAUGAUCCAAAGAAGACAGAACACUUGCUUUCACUCGAUGGAGCUAAGGAAAGGCUUCGUUUAUUCAAAGCAGACUUAUUGGAAGAAGGGUCCUUUGAUCCCGUAGUUGAUGGAUGUGAUGGCGUUUUUCAUACAGCAUCGCCUGUUGUCAUGCAAGUCACUGACCCCCAGACAGAACUGAUUGACCCUGCAUUGAAGGGAACUAUCAAUGUCCUAAGGUCCUGCUCAAAAGUUCCAUCUGUCAAAAGAGUGGUUGUAACAUCGUCUAUGUCUGCGGUGGAACAAAAUGGAAAACCUCUGACUCCUGAGGUGAUAAUUGAUGAGAGCUGGUUUUCAGAUGCAGUUUUAUGCAAGGAAUCAAAGCUAUGGUACAAGCUUUCAAAGACCUUAGCUGAGGAGGCUGCUUGGAAGUUUUCAAAGGAGAACGGGAUUGACAUGGUCAUGAUAAAUCCAGGAUGGGUGCUCGGUCCUCUCUUACAGCCUACUCUUAAUCUAAGUGUGGAGGAAAUUCUGAAACUUCUAAAUGGAGUUCAAACAUUUCCCAAAACCACCUCAUAUACAUGGGUGGAUGCUAGAGAUGUUGCCAAUGCACAUAUUCAAGCAUUUGAACUUCCGGAAGCUAGUGGAAGAUACUGUUUAGUAGGGACUGUCUCACACCGUUCUGAGACACUGAAUAUCUUGCACAAGCUCUACCCUGCCAUACACAUACCUGAAAAAUGGGAAGAUGGCCAGACUUGUGUUCCAACCUUCCGGGUAUCCCAGGAGAAAGCAAAAAGUUUGGGCAUUCACUUCACUCCUCUGGAGGUGAGCAUGAAGGAUACCGUGGAAAGCUUGAAGGAGAAGAACUUCAUCAGCUUCUGAAUCAUUGUGUAUUGGAGAACUAUGCAACAACAGUGGUGAAGGCUUUGUCAAAGAUCUGAUUACGGCUCCUUCUGGUUUUGUUGCUGAUGGUGAAUCAAACACAUCUCAAAGGUUGUGUUCGGUGUUGCUGAAUGAAUUUAACUAUUUACCUUGGUCAAGAGCUGUUACAAUUGCUCUUGGUGGAAGAUCCAAGUUAGGAUUCAUCAAUGGAAAGGAGAAGGCUCCUGUUUUUGAUUCACCCGAAUAUGAGAUUUGGUUAUCAAAGGACCAGCUUGUCAUGUCUUGGAUUCUUAAUUCCAUGGAGCGCAAUAUAGCUGAGAUUUUCAGUUAUUCUGAAUCUUCUCUAGAUCUCUGGGAAGCCCUUCGAGACAUGUAUGGAAAUCAGAACAAUUCGGCACGAAUUUUUCAAAUUCAACAAGAAGUUAAUGCUCUUCGACAAGAUGGAAGGCCAUUCGUGAGUUUGCUUGGCAAUUUUAAGAGUCUGUGGAGCGAAUUGGAGGUCUACAGGCCUCAUACUGUUGAUCCAGUUGUUCUAAAGAAAAGAACAGAAGAAGACAGAGUUUUUCAGGUGCUGGCCAGUCUCGGUUCGGAGUUUGAGGAUCUCAGAUGUCAUAUUCUAAUGAGUCCAGAAUUGCCCUCCUUGAAGAGUGUCUGUUCAACUAUUCAACGUGAAGAAGUCCGUAGAAAGGUGAUGAUUCGUGAAACUAUGACUAAUUCCUCAGACACACGAGCCUACAUUGCUCAUAAAAAUUAUGAAGGUAAAUCCAUCAAAGGAAAACGAUUGGAUCUUAAGUGUGAACACUGUAAUGCACCUGGGCAUACAUCAGAUCGUUGUUGGGUUCUCCAUCCAGAACUCAAACCAAAAUUCACAAAGGACAAG